AUGUUCAGCAUACGCAGUGUGGGCCCUCUGCUAAUGGCCAUGGCCCUGCUGAUUGGCCUGGUUGUGGCCAAACAGGAGACCGCAGCCCGUCAAUUUGGUGGCCAGAAUGGCUUUGGGAAUGGCUUGGGGCCUGGCCUUGGACCAGGUCUCGGUCCAGGCAUUGGAUCCGGAUCCCUUCCACCCUGGGGACCACCACAGCAGCCCGGCGGUGGCGGCAUCGGUGGCGGCGGCGGUGGCUGUCCGCUCUGUGACUCUUCGGUGUACAGCUAUUGCUCCCACAAGAUGGUGCAUGACUCCUGCUGCUGCGAUUUUCCAGCAUCUGCCCCGCAGCUGCGGCCACCGCAGUGCUCCUACUACGACUGCUCCCUGCUGUAUGCCAAAUCCUGCUACGAGCACGCCCUCAUCAAGAACUGCUGCUGCAAUAAUCCCUACUGAGGGGAAGCAGA